AGAGGAAUCCCACUGAACUGCAGGUGUUGUCUUUAUAUACUUUACUUUAUAUAUUUACUUGAAUAAAACAGAAGAACGACAGAUAUUUAUUUAUGAUAUUUGAAGAAAAUGAUUACAAUGUACAUUUGUGUAACAUAAAGCAAAAAAAACAACUGGAUUUUUAAAACUUUUAAAUUUAGUGGUACGCCAAGCGGCCGCGGCUACGUCAGGUUCACACAAGAAUGUCAGGGGCAUUCUUUCAUAAAGGGAUUUCCCGUUUCCAGGCUGAGCUUCUGCUCACAAAUGCAAAGGAUGAUGGGAGUUUUCUUGUUCGUGACAGCGAAUCUCUUCCUGGAGCCUACGUAUUGUGUUUGAUACAUCAGGCCAAGGUUCACCAGUACAGAAUAUUACCUGGACCAGAUGGCAAGCUUCAUGUACAGUCAGAGACAGGAACCAUACAGAGAGGGUACCAGGAUCUGACAGAGCUGAUAGCGGAGUACAUAAAGAAGCAGGACCAGAAUGGUUUAGCGUCUGCUUUGGUUCAUCCGGUGCCACCAGAAAGGUCAUCUGAGGACAUGGAUAUAUCCGAUGAUGAAGAUGAUGAUGAUGAUGACGAUGAUGAAGAUUUUGAAUGUCCACCACCGAUGGUCAGUCCACCAGCAACACCAACAGAGAAGAAGAAUGGUCAUUCUGAGACAGCAGAAGUUGACCUUGCAAAAAACUUUGCCAAACUUGACCUACGCAAUCUUGAUGUUGAGUUUACAACAGCUUUAAAGGAGUAUGUGGAUCAAGGUUACAAGAAAGAUUCAGUAUCAAUGAAUGUUGGAGAUUCUGAACUUCAUGAGUUCACUAAUGUACUAGAAGUUGCUUCUAGUGGUCUGAAAAGGGAGCUUGACAGUUUUAUGAAGAAAAUGAGCGUACUAAAUGAAUUUUUGAAGUUUGAUCGACAGAAGCAUUCAACACUGGACUCAAAAUACAAGGUGACUGGUGCAGGAUUACCUAACCUUCUAGAACAAUUAUCAAGGGUCAGAACUGAAGUUCUCAAUAUACAAACAAAGGCACAGGAAACAAUUCAGCUUGCGUCACUACCAUCAGACUAUGAAUAUCUAGAUCCACCUGAUGGUGUGUACUGUGAAAGUGGGAUAACAAGUGGCCCCUUCCUUGCUUCUACUUACAGACCUUACAUUCCACAGAGUAAAUUUGAGGUUAAAAAGGUGAAACAUGGAAAACAGACAAAACUUACACUAACAGUGGACUUACAGAAUGGUAAAUACUCAAUACUGAAACAGACAGGGAAAGAAAGUCUAGGAACAGACACUAUAUCUCAUGAAAGAAUACUCCACUUGAUUAAAUGCACGAAAGACAAAUGUAUUUUGGAUGUCAUUUUGGAUGGAAAGAAGAAACAGAAUUAUAUCUUUGCCGACCCCCAUGCACGAGAAAAUUUCUGCCUUCAAAUACGUCAGAUGAAAAACAUGCAUUCAACUGAGACAGAAAUAGAUCAAAUCUCUGUAUUUAUUGGUACAUGGAACAUGGGAGAUGCAUCUUUAAACCAGAGUUUGAGCACAUGGUUGAAAUGUACAGGGGCAGGUAAAUGUAGAGACAGGGUUCUAGGAGUUAUCCCCCAUGAUAUGUAUGUGGUAGGCACACAGGAGAGUUCCAUGACAGAAAAAGAUUGGGUUAACACACUGAAAGCUGGCCUUAAAGCAUGUGUAUUGGUAGACAUGGAACUAGUAGAAGUGUGUACAUUAUGGGGCAUCAGGAUAGCAAUUCUUGUUAAACCAGAAUAUAAACAUUGUAUUAGCAGGAUACAAAGAUCAUCUGUCAGGACAGGCAUCGCCAAUGCUUUAGGUAACAAGGGAGCAGUUGCAAUAUCGUUCUAUUUCAAUGGCUCAUCUUUCUGUUUCAUCAACGCCCAUUUGACAUCUGGUGAUGAAAGAUGCAACAGGAGAAAUCAAAAUUACCGUGAUAUAAUGAAGAACUUGACAAUAAAUCUAGGUCAGAAACACCUAAAUUUGUUUGAUAUUACCAGUCAGUUUCACCAUGUGUUUUGGUUGGGAGAUCUAAAUUACAGAGUGGAAGAAGAUAUUCAGGUGUUAUUACACAAAGUUCAGGAAAAAGACAUCAACUAUUUGAUGGAGAAAGACCAGUUAAAAAGACUUCAGAGUCAGAAAGCUGCAUUUUGUGGCUUCCAAGAAUCAGAGAUCACAUUCCUUCCUACAUAUCGUUUAGAGAGAAAUAUUCCUGGAUAUAGAUAUGCUUGGAGAAAAGUCAAGAAAACAGGGGAGAGAAUAAAUGCUCCCUCAUGGUGUGAUAGGGUACUAUGGAAAUCAUAUCCUGGUGUAUUUAUAGAAAAUGUUGCAUAUGGCUGCUCAGAGGCUAUAUUAAGCAGUGAUCACAGACCUGUUUUCUCCUCAUUUAAUGUGGGUAUAUCCUCAGAAUUUGUACAGGCACGUGGUUCGCUAGCUGAGCUAGCUCCAGUAAAAAUUAUCUUUCAUUCCAUAGAGGCACAGGUGAAGACAUGUUGCAAGCAGUAUUUCCAGUUGGUCUUUCAUUCCACGUGUUUACAAGAGGUAUACAGGAGUCAGUCUAACACUUCAUUUCAAGAUAACAGGACUGGUUUCUACACGGUACCAGUCUGGCAUGCAUGUAAUUUACCAGAGAUGAAGCCUUUAUUUGGAGACCAAGAUUUUUUAGAGGAACAACAUAUUCUUAUUGCUGUGAUAGCCAAAGAUGGCGACAAUGAAUCAUAUGGAGAGUGUGUCUUGUCGUUGAAGGACAUGUUUUCCAAUCAGCCCAAGGACUUUGAAUACACACUAUUACACCAAGGGGAGGAAACUGGAAAAAUAAAGGGUAAAAUGCAUCUUGUAUCCAAAAGCAAGAGGUCAUCAAAGAAGUCUCCAUACAGCUUGAUUGCAUUUGACACGGAGUAUCAGGACCCAGAAAUGUUUGUUUCUGGUACACCAAAGAUGGAUUUUCACCCUAGUGUACGUCAGGGUAGUAAACCAGGUUCUUUUGUUGUCAAGCAUCCAACUGUUAGUCCCAAAGUUCCCCUGCGGCAAGUAAUGAGUAGUUGCCAAGACGAUAGGAGAGGAACAUAUGAUAAAGUACAAAUACCUACACGAGAGCUUGCAAGAUCUACAAGGGUUGACAGUCGAGCUCCCCAACCAUUACCACCAAGCAUAAGUAGCAGCCAGCCUGCGCCACCACCGAGGAGACCUCCAUACAUGGGUCAGACAGGUCUUAUACAGGGCUCACAGAGGGUGCCACCGAGACAUCCAUCACAGUCUGAUAGUGCACCCCCUGUUCCUCCUAAACAAAGACCAUCAGUAGUUGGGGACCAUGGUUCUAAGUAUGAUGACCUGAAAAGACCAUUAAGCCUGGAGGAGUGGCUAGCCCAGUUAAACCUGUCUUGUUAUGAGCAGAACUUUAAAUCAAACGGUUGGGAAAGUUUGAUGUAUUUAAACGAAUUGACUUUGACUGAUCUGUCCAACAUGGGAGUUGACAUACGUGAACACCAGCAGAAAAUUCUACAAAGUAUCAAAGAACUCAACAAAGAUACCGGCCCAACUUACCAUGUCCUCGAAGAACAUGACAUUGAAGAACAUUCGGAUGACAUUUUCAGGAAGGAACCUGGCGUGUAUAAUGACGACCUUGCCGAACCAGUCUAUCAUGAAAUUGUUGUUUCCACACUUGAGGAGUGGCUAACAACACUCGGUCUGUCGUGCUAUAUUAAUGUGUUUCAUGAUAAUGGUUGGGAAAAUUUAAUGGUGCUUGGGGAAAUGACGGAAGCAGACCUGGACAGAAUGGAAAUCAACAAUCGUUCCCAUAGAUCGUUAAUUUUGUCUUGUAUUGAAGAUUUCAAAUCCUGUUAAGUUAUUUGUUUAGCUUAUUUUGAGAUGCACUUUAAAAUAGUGCCUGGAACUCUUUUUUUUAUAUUUGUAUACAUUUCUAAAGUUUACUGACAUUUAUGCUGUUAUGGUAGCUAUUAUGUUACUAAGAUUAUGAAAAACAUUUAGUAGGUCUUUAUGGAGAAUAUUAUAUUUGGAUGAUUAUAAUUGUAUAUGCAGGUUGACUAACAAAGCAUUUUGAUUGUAAAUGAUGACUUAUGAAAGUCACAAACUGA